AGUUUUCUAUUUUCUUUGAUUUAUCUUGUUUCUUCAUUUAAGACUUGAAUCUUAGGUUUAAUUCUACGUGGAUGCUUUUCUCUCCGGUGUCUUUGGCUUUUAGAUUUUUAUUUUUAAUUAUUUUUUUUUUCUUGUAGAUCUGUGUAAUUUUGAAGUGCUGCUGUUUAAUCUUUCGUUCUAAAUGACGAUACGAUUUUCUUUGUUUUUGUUAUCAAUUUUUAUUUCAUUAAUGAAAUGAAUUUAGGUUUAUACUUUUAUUUUUCUUCUUGUAAACUCUAGAAUGUAGCAAUGUGGGAAGUCUUCGCGCACUCGUGUUCGAGAAAUUAUUAGAUUAUCAUUCAUUGGUUGACAGAAUAUUUUGCUACUUAUAGGCGGUGAAAUAUUGUGAGAGAGAUGGCCGAGGAGGGUUACAAGGUUACCUUGAAUGUGUAUGAUCUCAGCCAAGGAUUGGCACGGCAACUCUCGACAGCGUUUUUGGGGAAGGCCAUUGAUGGAAUCUGGCACACAGGAGUUGUGGUGUAUGGUAAUGAAUACUUCUUUGGGGGAGGUAUACAACAUUUGCCUUCUGGAACAACUCCAUAUGGAACGCCAAUUAAAGUGGUUGAUUUGGGUAUCACACAUGUACCCCAGGAUGUAUUUGAAGAGUAUUUGCAGGAAAUUAGUUCCCGUUACUCUGCCGAAACUUAUAGUUUACUCACUCACAACUGCAACAACUUCAGCAAUGAGGUUGCCCAGUUUUUGGUGGGUGUGACCAUUCCAGAAUAUAUUCUUCUGCUACCCAAUGAAGUCAUGAACAGUCCAAUGGGUGCUCUUAUAAUGCCCAUGAUACAAAAUCUGGAGUCAACACUGAGAGCAGGGGCUGUCCCGCAAGUUCCACAAUUCAGGCCUCCUUCAAUGGCGCAGUCUUCACAGACUGCAACAGUUACUGUUGAUAAAUCCACGGCUAGUGGUCCUAGCCCUUCCGCAAAAGUAAUCGUUAAAGAGGCUGAUGUCAAAGUCAAAUCUGAUGAUGCCAAACCAAACGAGCCCAGGACAUUGGACACAGUCCAAUCUGCAGAAGCCAAAGGGAAGACUACAGUCAAUGGAGGAGAUCCUCAAGAUCCACUUGGCGAUGCACGAAACAAAGUACAGGAGGAGAUUGGGCGUGAAUUCGCUGCGAUCAUGGCUACCGGCACUUUUCGUGCAAGUGAGGCAGCAGCUUUAGCUACCAAGAGAGUAAUGCAAAGAUAUGGUCAUCUAAAUGCUGCAAUGCCACUGAGCUAGAAAUUGUGGAAGUGGAUAAUUUUAGGUGGCGUGGUAGCUGUCAUAUGUUAAUGUGACUUCUAAAUCACCAUCACAAUGAUAACCUGAUGAUCUAUCAGAUUUAUCUUUUAUGUAGGCAGAUACUGUUAGGCCUGCACCUGAUUCUAGGCCCGGGAUCCGUCUUCCCAGUCAAUAUUUGUGGCUAAAACAUGGCACAUUGCCUGAAUUUAACUAUCGGAUAAUCUUUGUAGUCAAUAUAUGUUGACUUGUGUCAAUCAUUGGUUUGGUUGGACGUCACCUGAAUGUGACGGGUGCUGGUGUUUGUGGCUAUUGCCAUUGCGCUCGAUGCUCGGAUGUUUGGUUGUGUAAACAUGCAUGCAGCGUCCGAUCUGGCUCUUGGCUUAAGCUUGUUUUCAAAUUAAAGUUGAUGAGAGUCAAUAGGA